AUGAAAGUUAGCCACAUUGUACCCAGCAGCACGAGCUGCGGCAGCAGGGCCCCCGCCACCGACUGCAGCAGAGACCACUGGACCCCUGCAGCAGCCAGCGCCGUCGGCAGCACCUGCAGCAGCUCCCCCAGGGACCCCGGCGCCGCCGCCGCAGCAGCGCUGCAGCACGACAGGAACAAGGGCACCAAGAACAGACCCACUGCCCACGAAGUUGGCCGCUCUUCGAGCUCCUCUGCUGCAGCUCCGCGCGGGGGGGGCCCCCCGGGGGCCUCCGCAGCAGGGGGCCCCGAGGGGGGCUCCGGGGGGGCCCCCGAGGCCGCCUCCGGGGGGGCCUCCGGGGAGGGGGGCCCCUCGGGGGCCCCCCCCACCAGCGGGCAAGAAGAACCCUUUUUAAGGUCCCCAACACUCGACAAGGAGGCCUGGAAAGAAGUGACGCACUGGCGCAGCACGAGGGAGCAGCAAAGGGCCCAGAGAAGGGGCCAAAUGCUGAGGCCGCAGCAGCAGGAGGAGAGGCCCAGAAGUGCUGCAGCAAACGGCAGCAGCACCAACACCCCGUCGAAGCCACAGAGGCCCCAAAGGCUAAAAGUGGUUAUGUCCUUCAUGGGGGGCAGCGAGGGCUCGUCGGAGCCCUCCAUGUUGCAGCAUUCCCAGGCGUGCGGGAGGGCCGACGCAGCAGCAGCAGCAGCAGCAGCGGCGGCGGCAGCCCGCUGCUGCUGGCGCAGGCGGCUCCGCGACAUUUUGCAGCAAAGAAACUUUAAAUUAAAGAAAAGAUAA